UGGCAGAGGUAUCUGUCCAUCAGGCGAGCCCCUCCUCCCCCUCCAGCGGUUGGGGCCGAGCCCAGCGCGAGCGGCGGGACAGUGAAGAGAUGGAGAACAGCCGAUUCAGACAGCCUGCCAAGGUGGGAAUGAGGGGGCCACUGCAAGUUGAGGGAGACCCCAGCCAUCUCUUUGAAGAUACCAGCGGGAAUAUGGAUGCUUCAGGAUCAGGAUACGAGGGCGGUGCCAGCUUCAGCCUCACGAGGCAAGGCUUCCUCAAUGACCCCAUGGUGUCUAACCUGGCAAUGGCUUAUGGCAGCAGUUUGGCAAGUCAGGGGAAGAACAUUGUCGAUCAAAAUAUUGAUCGAUUUAUUCCAGUGAGCAAAUUGAAAUACUAUUUUGCUGUGGACACCAUUUAUGUUGGAAAGAAGCUGGGACUUCUCAUCUUUCCCUACAUGCACCAGAAUUGGGAAGUACGAUACCAGCAGGACAGCCCCGUGGCCCCUCGGGUCGAAGUGAAUGCUCCUGAUUUAUAUAUUCCAGCAAUGGCGUUUAUCACAUAUUUAUUGGUAGCUGGGUUUGCUCUUGGAACUCAAAGCAGGUUCUCUCCAGAGGUGUUGGGAAUGCAGGCCAGCUCAGCAUUAAUCUGGCUGGUCAUUGAGGUGCUCGCUAUCCUGCUCAGCCUCUACCUGGUCACGGUGAACACAGACUUAACCACCAUCGACCUUGUUGCUUUUGCUGGGUACAAGUAUGUCGGGAUGAUCACUGGAGUCAUGGCUGGGCUGAUUUUUGGGAGAACGGGAUAUUACGUUGCUCUGGGCUGGUGCUGCAUCUCAAUUGUGGUGUUCAUGAUUCGAACGUUGAGACUGAAGAUUCUGUCCGAAGCUGCAGCCGAGGGCGUUCUGGUGCGAGGCACUAGGAAUCAGCUACGCAUGUACCUGACCAUGGCGAUCGCCGCAGUGCAACCAAUCUUCAUGUACUGGCUCACGUUCCACUUGGUCAGAUAGGAAAGCUGGGGUACCUCUGUGUUCCCUGGGGAUGGGGAUCAGAGGUGUGUCCAUCUCCCCCCCACCCAAUGCAGGGCGGAGGGGAGAACACAGUUGGGGGAAUCUAAAUCCCAGAGGUUGAC